CCUUCAUUUCCCCCAAACACGUUAAGGUUUCUCCUAGCUUGAGAAGUAACAAGUUUUCCCAAUUUUUGCUUCACUCGACCACCUUCACUAUCUCCGCACUGCCGGCGACCACCUUUACCCAGCAAAAAUUCGCAUACGGUCGCACUUGCUUCUUUUCCUUUGGCUUAUCUCUCGCACGGGCGCCGCACCCAAAAGCCGGACCCCUGACCCUGUUGUUGCCCCAACUAUUCUUGAGGAGAGAUAAUGGGAGGGAGAAGAUGAAGAACGGAGAAGAAUUCAAAUGGAAGCAGGAAAAGUAGGAACAAGUUGAAUCCUAGCUAAUCUGAAAGGGUUAUUAUAGUGGCUAUAUUUGACAUUUCAAUGAGCUCUAGAUCAAAAAACUUCCGUCGUCGAGCGGGCGAUGAUGAGAAUGAAGAGAGUGAAGCUAAUGGUAGCGGAGUUCCAUCUAAAGCUUCGACAAAGCCAUCUUUUGGUAAAACUACAGCAGUUGACAAACCAAAGAAAAGCCACCAGAAGCUUUUAAGUUUUGCUGCAGAUGAAGAUAAUGAGACCCCAUUUUCUCGUCCGCGGAAAACUUCUGCAUCUCGUCCCUCCAAGUCGACUUCUUCUCAUAAGAUUACAUCCAUCAAGGACCGUCUUGGGUCUUCCACUUGUUCAGUUACCUCUAAUGUUCAACCUCAAGCUGGUCAAUACACAAAAGAAGCCCUCCUUGAACUCCAAAAGAACACUAAAACCCUUGCUAGCUCGAGGCCAAGGCCACUAACAUCAGAUACACAACCUAGUUCAACCUCAGAGCCUGUUAUUGUUCUCAAGGGUCUUGUCAAGCCAGUUGGGGAAACUGGAAAAGAUGGUAACGAGAUGAAUGAAGACAAAACUUCAAGGGAUGAAGAUACCUCUUAUUUGAAGAGGGAGAAGGAUGAUGGAGAAGUUGAUCAAGCAACAAUAAAUGCUAUUCGAGCAGAGAGGGAGAGACUUCGGCUGUCACGGGCUGCAGCUCCAGAUUUUAUAUCAUUGGAUGCAGGAAGUAAUCAUGGGGAAGCAGAGGGGUUAAGUGAUGAGGAGCCCGAGUUCCAAACACGAAUUGCUAUGCUUGGUGAAAAGAUAGAUGGUCCUAAAAAGGGUGUGUUUGAGGAUAUUGAUGAGAGGCCAGUGCGGAUCGGGCAGUUGAACAUGGAGGAUGAUGAAGAUGAGGAAGAGAGAAAAUGGGAAGAAGAGCAAUUUAGGAAAGGUCUGGGCAAGAGAAUGGAUGAAGGACCUUCUGCAGUAAGUCGAAAUGCAUCAGCAGUUCAAUCUGUUCAACCUCAAAGUUAUAUGUACACAGCACCAACCUCUUAUUCAUCUGUUUCCCAUGACCCUGCUGGCCCACCCAGUAUUGGAGGGGCAAUUGGUGGCGUACACGGUGUUGGGACUAUGUCCAUAUCUCAGCAGGCUAAAAUUACCAGACAGGCUUUCCAAGAUAACUUGAAGAGACUUAAGGAAACUCAUGGAAAAACCAGGACCUCAUUGGAUCGUGUUGAUGAAAGUUUAACUGCGUCAUUGAUGAAUAUCACCGUGCUUGAGAAGUCUUCAUGUGAUGCUGGGGAGAAGUAUAUCUUCAUGCAAAGGCUCCGUGACUUUGUUUCUGUUAUAUGUGACUUUUUGCAGCAUAAAGCUCCUUACAUAGAGGAACUUGAAGAACAUAUGCAACAACUUCACAAAAAACGUGCUUUGGUCGUCUUUGAAAGGCGAGCUGCUGAUAAUGACGAGGAGAUGGCAGAAGUACAAGCAGCUGUAGAUGCAGCUAUGUCAGUUUUGGGAAGAGGUGGUGGCAAUGCUCCUAUAAUUGCCGCCGCCACCAGUGCAGCUCAGGCAGCAGCUGCUGCCAUCAAGCAACAAAAAAGCUGUCCUGUGAAGCUUGAUGAAUUUGGUAGAGAUGAAAAUCUUCAGAAACGUAUGGAUAUGGCUAGGAGGUCUGAUGCUAGACAGCGUAGGAGAUCUCGUUUGGAUGCUAAGAGAAUGUCGUAUGUUGGAAAUGACUACUCCUAUCCGAGGAUGGAAGGUGAAUCUAGCACUGAUGAGAGUGACAAUGAGAGUGAAGCUUAUGACUCAAAUCGUGAUUUGUUACUUCAGACAGCUGCAGAAGUCUUCAGUGACGCAGCUGAGGAGUACUCCCAACUUUCUUCAGUCAAAGAGAGAUUUGAAAGAUGGAAGAGAUUAUACUUGGAUGGUUAUCGUGAUGCUUAUAUGUCAUUGAGCAUCCCAUCUAUUUUCUCUCCGUAUGUGAGAUUAGAGCUUCUAAAGUGGGACCCUCUACGUGAAGAUGUUGACUUUUAUGACAUGAGAUGGCAUUCCCUGCUCUUUGAUUAUGGUGUUCCAGAAGAUGGAAGCGACUUUAGUCCUGAUGAUGCAGACGCUGAUCUUGUUCCUGGAUUAGUGGAAAAGGUUGCACUUCCCAUAUUGCAUCAUGACAUAGCGCAUUGUUGGGAUAUGCUUAGUAGCAGAGAGUCAAAGAAUGCAGUAUCGGCGACAACCUUAAUCAUUAAUUAUGUUCCUGCCUCAAGUGAAGCUCUCAAGGAACUGAUAGCUUCAAUUCGUACUCGGCUAGCUGAAGCAGUUGUUAAUCUUGUGGUCCCUGUGUGGAGUCCAGUUGCUAUGAAGGCUGUACCAAAUGCUGCAAGAGUUGCAGCAUAUCGAUUUGGUGUGGCAGUUCGACUGAUGAGGAACAUCUGCAUGUGGAAAGAUAUACUUGCUUUGCCAGUUUUGGAGAAGCUUGUGCUUGAUGAACUUUUGGCUGGAAAAGUACUUCCUCAUGUUCAGAACCUUAUUCCUGAUAUUCAUGAUGCAAUAACAAGAACUGAGAGGAUAAUUGCUUCAGUAAAUGGCGUGUGGUCUGGUGCAAGUGUCACAGCUGCACGCAGUCACAAGUUGCAGCCACUGGUUGAUUACGUACUGAUGCUUGGAAAGACUUUGGAAAAGAAGCAGGCAUCAGGACUGCCUGAGAAUGAAACUAGUGGCCUUGCCCGUCGUCUGAAGAAGAUGCUAGUUGACCUGAACGAGUAUGAUGAGGCCAGGGCGAUAUUAAGAACUUUUCACCUCAAGGAAGCUCUAUGAUCUUGUCUUUCUAUAUCUAGGCUCCUUUUUUUUUUCUUCAGAAUUUUGAGAUAUGCAUGAAUAUAUGUUCUCCGUUGUUAUAUUUUACAUAGCCAGUUCAUGAGGUUAUACAGUAUUAGCUGAUACAGGAGGUUUCCUUGCAACCACAGUUAGAGUAGCGAUACUGUUAGUAAAUGUUUCCGAUUGUUUGAAUUGAUUGUCUCCUCCUAAAAUCAUGUCAAGUAGUUUGCUUGCAUGUAUUAUGUGUUGAAAACAUUGAUCUUGAAAAAUCUUGAAAUAAUGUAGUUUAGAGAA